AUGUCUGCUCUAACGCCAGAAACAACAUUUGACGAUUAUCUUAAUGAGCAGCUCAUCAAUUGUUUGAAUCUUCAAACUAAAGUUAUACAAAAUUUAGCACAAUAUUCUCGACAUAUUUCAUUUCAAUUAAUUGAAAUUCGAAAUGAUGUAGAAAUACUUGCAGAUAGAGUAAUUACUCUUCAACAACAACAACAACAAGAACAAUCUCAGUUUUUACCUCCAUUUCAAAUAUAUAUGCCACAACCAUCACCGUCCAAUACUUUAUCUUUUUUUCAUCCAGCAUUACAAGUUUCUCCCUUAUUGAAUAAAUCAUUCUUUUCAAAUCUAUCUGAUUUAACAUCAAACUCAGAAUCCUUUUCAUUUUCUACAACAAACGAUAAGCAACCGUCUCGUGAUGUUUUAGAUCCAUUUUUUUUUGGUCCAAUAAGUUACAAUGGUGCCACUUAUACACACGAUAAUAUUGAAGAUACAAAUAGUCCUGAUGAACUGCCUAUAUCAUUUAAACCUAUUGUAUAUUUACCACCUGUUGAAAUUAAAACAGGUGAAGAAGAUGAAAAUAUAUUAUUUUGUCAACGUGCAAAACUUUAUCGUUAUGAUUCAACAAUAAAUGAAAUGAAAGAACGUGGAAUUGGUGAAAUGAAAAUUUUACAACAUAAAACAACAAAUCUAUGUCGAAUAUUAAUGCGUCGUGAACAAAUUUUAAAAGUUUGUGCAAAUCAUAGAAUAACAUCACAAAUGGAAUUAAAACCACAUCGAGAAAUACAUAAUGUUUAUGUUUGGUCAGCUAUAGAUUUUUCUGAUGGUGAAGGGAAACAUGAAACAUUUUGUAUAAAAUUUAAAACACAUGAACAAGCAACACAAUUUGUAAAAAUAUUUAAUCAAGCAAAAGAAAUCAAUCAAAAUAAAAAUGUUGAUAUAUUAUCAAUUAAAAAUAUUUCAUUAAAUGAUGAUGAUAUAAUUACCAUUGGUGAAGUUAAACCAACAUUAGAACAAAUCGAACGAGCAAAAAAACUACAAUUACCAUUAACAUUUUAUUUAUAUGAAAAUAAACAACCUUGUAACGGCUGUCGUGGUUGUAAAGAAGAUUCAUCAUUGACUCAAACUAAUGAAAAUUAUCGAAUGAUAAUAAAAGCCAAACGUACUCUACCAAGCAAUCGUUUACCUCCACCAUCACUACCACCACCACCAUCAUUAUCAUCAUAUUCUGAUCAUGAACAAACUUCAGUUGGAAUCGAUCAAGGAGAUGAAAUAGUAACAGCUCAGACAAAUCAAAAAAAGACACGAAAUUUCUCCAGUUAUAAUACUGAUCCAUAUUUACUUAACAAUUAUGCUUCACAAAUGGCACAAACUAUUAUGGAUCGAGUAAAACAAGAACUUUAUAAACUAAUAGCUGAGCAACAAAAUAUAGAAACAAACGAUGAUAAAACUACUAUAGUACAAGAUGAUAAUCAACCGUCCAAUGUUUCUAAUACUAAUACUAGUUCUAUUUCUGUUCAAGCAAUCAAUAAAAAUUUAAUAACAACAACAACGAAUAAUAAUGAUACUAGUGAUUUCAUAUUUGGUAGUUCAGCAUCUAUCAAACCAUUGAAUAGUAGUUUUUCUUUUUCUACUUUUGGUAAUACGAAAACAUCAUCAACUGAUGUUCAAUUUUCAAUACCAUUAUCAUCAUCAACAACAAAUAGUACUUCAACAAUUCAAUCUAAAUCAGCAGAAAAUAUGCCAUUAUUUGGUAAUAUGCGAAAACUUAAUUUUGCUGAUGUAGUUAAACAAGCAUCAGAUCAUCCAUUGAUAAAUAAUGAUAAUGAAGCAAGAGUUUUUCCUGGACAAGGUUCAUUAAUAUUUGCUACAAAAUCUACGGAUACAACUACAACAGAAAAUGAUAAUGAAUUAACUAUAGAAUUUAAACCCAUUGUACAUUUAUUACCUGUUGAAGUUAAAACAGGUGAAGAAGAUGAAAAUAUAUUAUUUUGUGAACGUGCAAAACUUUAUCGUUAUGAUUCAAUAACAAAUGAAAUGAAAGAACGUGGAAUUGGUGAAAUGAAAAUUUUACAACAUAAAACAACAAAUCUAUGUCGAAUAUUAAUGCGUCGUGAACAAGUCUUAAAAGUUUGUGCAAAUCAUAGAAUAACAUCACAAAUGGAAUUAAAAGAACAUCAAUGUAAAGAAAAUGCUUAUAUAUGGUCAGCUAUGGAUUUUUCUGAUGGUCAAUCUAAACAUGAAACAUUAUGUGUAAGAUUUAAAACAAACGAUCAAGCUAAACGAUUUUUUCAACAAUUUAAUAAUGCCAAACAAAUCAAUGCUAAUAUUCAACAGUGA